AUGUUAAAAACUCAAGUUCUUUACUCUAUCAUUGCAUUUCUUGUUGCUGCUAAUGCCAUUCCUGUUCCUCAAGCUGAUGCGAUAGCCAAUGCUUUAGCUGUUGCAGAUGAGCCUAAAGUCGAAGCUAAACCAGAUUUAACAGUUCAAGAUGAUUUCAAAAAACACGGAAAAGAUGACAAACAUGGAAAAUAUGACAAAGAUGACAAAGAUAAAAAAGAUGACAAAGAUGACAAAGAUAAAAAAGAUGACAAAGAUAAAAAAGAUGACAAAGAUGACAAAGAUAAAAAAGAUGACAAAGAUAAAAAAGAUGACAAAGAUAAAAAAGAUGACAAAGAUAAAAAAGAUGACAAAGAUAACGAGUAUUCCAAAUAUAUCAAAGGGGGUUACAAUGGUAAUGGUAACGGCAAUGUCAAUGGUAACGAAAAUGGCUGGGGUGGUUACAAUGGUAAUGACAAUGGUAAUAUUAAUGGAAACAAUAACGGCUGGGGUGGUUACAAUGGUAAUGAGAAUGGAAAUUACAAUGGAAACAACAAUGGCUGGGGUGGUUACAAUGGUAACUACAAUGGUAAUUAUAACGGUAAUGAUAAUGGGCCAGGUGGUUACAAUGGUAAUAAUAAUGGUAAUUACAAUGGUAAUGAAAAUGGUCCUGGUGGAAAGAAUGGUAAUAACAAUGGUAACUAUAACGGCAAUGGCAAUGGAGCAGGCGGUCACAAUGGUAAUAACAAUGGUAACGGAAAUGGUAAUGGAAACGCCAAACGUGGUUUCAGUAGUGGUUACAAUGGUAACGAAAACGGCAAUGUCAAUGGUAACCAAAACGGCUGGGGUGGUUACAAUGGUAAUGACAAUGGUAAUAUUAAUGGAAACAAUAACGGCUGGGGUGGUUACAAUGGUAACUACAACGGUAACUACAAUGGUAAUGAAAAUGGUCCUGGUGGAAAGAAUGGUAACGAUAACGGAAAUGUCAAUGGAAACGAAAAUGGCUGGGGUGGUUAUAAUGGUAAUUACAAUGGUAACUAUAACGGUAAUGAAAAUGGUCCUGGUGGAAAGAAUGGCAAUAAUAAUGGCAACGGAAAUGGUAACGGCAAUGCCAAAUAGAUUAUCUGAGAUUAUUCUCUACUUUUCACAUCCUGUCCCAAAGAUAUACCUUUAACCAUCUUAAUGAAUCCAAAAGUUAACGAAAUAUUUUAUCUUUUUUAAUGUCAAAUGAUCAUAUUCUAUCUUUUUCAACCUUCUUAAUCCAAUUUCAAAUUGGUAGAAAAGUUUACUUCAAAUUACAAAGUCUAUUCUAUUAGUUUUUGGAAGUUCAAUUUUUUCAUUUUAGUUCUUUUGCAACUUUUUUUUUUUAAAACUAAUUCUUUAU